AUGUUGACGUCCAUCAGACGUUAUCAUGGGAGGAUGAAAAAAGCUUCUGAACAGAAAUCAACAGGAAAUAAUGUUAAGUCUAAUGUUCUCAACGAACAACAACGUGUACAGAAAAAAACUUUCACUAAUUGGGUCAAUGCAUGUUUGCAAAAGCUUCCUGACCCAAUUCAUAUCAAUGAUCUUUUCAAAGAUAUUGGUGAUGGAACUACUCUUAUCCAUCUUCUUGAAGUAUUAUCAGGAGAAAAAUUGCAAAUUGAAAAUCCUCGUAUUCUACAAAGAGCUCAUAAACUUAGCAAUGUUCGUAAUGCUUUAGAUUAUUUAGAAAAAACAUGUAAAAUAAAACUUGUAAAUAUCAAUCCCGCAGAUGUGGUCGACGGAAAACCAGCAAUUGUUUUAGGUCUUAUAUGGUCGAUCAUAUUAUUUUAUCAAAUUCAAGGUCAUCAGAAAGUAUUAAAAGAUGCAUUGAAAUCUCGUCGUAAAAGUCUCUCGAAAUCAAUCGAUUCUGAUGCCACUGGAAAUGUUAGUAGCAAAUCUGAAGAGACUAGUUUAUCUGAACAAGUGGAUAGUACAAAAAGUGUAACCGGUUCCAGGACUCGACAAGCUUUAUUAACUUGGGUUGAACAGUCUUUUCGUUCCCAUAAAUCAACAUUAGAAAUUAGAGUUACCGACUUCGGUUCAUCUUGGCGUGAUGGUAAAGCAUUUUGUGCUUUGGUGCAUAACAUUAAUCCAAGUCUUAUUGAUAUGGGUGAAGUUAUGCAUCGAAAAAAUCGUGAGAAUUUAGAAUUUGCUUUCAACGUAGCUGAACAAAGACUUGGUGUACCAAAAUUACUAGAUCCUGAAGAUGUUGACGUAGAUAAACCGGAUGAACGUUCAAUUAUAACAUAUGUAGCACAAUUUAUUCUAAUCGCUAGUUCACAUCCACCUAAGAUUAAAUCAAGAUCUGGUUCACGUCGAUCAAGUACUAACAGUUCGGAAAAACUACAAUCGCAACAGAAAUUAAAAGCAGCAAAUAUCGACAUGAAAACUGAAUCUAAAACAGAAAAUGAAUAUCAUGCAGCACUUAGAUUAGCUUCAUUUGAACCUGACCCUGAAAUUGACCCUGCAUUAAUCUUGAAUGCAUCAACUACUGCUAAUUUCCUGGAACGUCGUCGUGCCAGACGAGCAAGUUUAAGUGGUCCACAAACUAUGGAUGAUGAAGCACUACAUAAUCUAAUUUUAGCUACAAGUCCUGUAAGUUCUGGGACUGGUGGUGCUUCUACACCUACAGACGAUGCAGCUAUUGCAUUAUCUUCAUCAACACCAGGUUAUACGCGUACUACUAUGUCAGGUUCUCCAUCUCCUCCUAGUUAUAGUACAUCACCACAUCGAUCUGGUCGUGCACGUUCAUAUGCUGGAUUACGUUUAUGUCGAGUAGCUAAAAAUAUAUCAAAAUGUCGUGCAAUUGCAAAUAUUCGUGUAACAGCUGAACCACCUCGAGCUACACGUCAUAUUGUUCCCGUUCUACAUUUAGGUGGAGAGGGUAAUGAACAAACAGAAGCGGAAAAAGAACGUGUUCUAUUAAUUACGAUUAAAGAAUUAAUUGCUCGAGUUCGACAUAAUCCAAUUGAAUCACAAGAUUUUCUCACUGAAUUUGAAAGUUUUCUCCAAGCUCAACUUGAACAUGAAAAUAUGGCUGCUUAUAUUCGUGAACUUGAUGAUAGAAGACGUCAAGGUUUAUUACUUGGCCUAAGACCAGAAGAAUUAGAACGUGCUGAAGCUGAAUGGAGCCGAGUGAAACCUGAACUUGAUGAAUGGCGUUGGCGUUUAGAUAAUGUUCUACCAGGUGAAUGGCGUCAAGUUGGUCAAUGGUUGUCAAAAUUAGAAAAAUGUCUAAUAACUGAUGCAUUGAUAGCUUCACAACUUGGUCUGGAAUUAGCUCCAGAAGCGAAAAAUUUGACUCAUGAAGAACGUGCAACACGACUUCGAAAUUGCUUAAACGAACAUGAAGAUAUUUUCAAUAAUAUUGAAGAUUUAAAUCAUUUAAUUAAUAAAUUAAGUGAAGAAAAUGAAAAAUUAAAUGAAAUUGCUCAAGAUGCUACAACAUCAGAUGUAUUAACUACAUUACCAAUUCGUUUACCACAAAUUAUUGUUGAUUCAUUGAAAUCUCGUUUUAUCACAGCUUAUUUAAAUGGUCAAUUAACUAAACGACGUUUAGAACGUUUAGUGUUACGUUGGGAUUUAACACAUAAAAUAACUAUAAUACGUGAACAUUUAAUUAAUUGGCAAACAAUUAAAUGUAAAGAGACAUCUGAAGUAGAUUUACAUAUUAAUGAAAUUAAAGAUUAUCUAUCAUCCAUGAAUAUACCUGAAGAUAUGGAUAAUGGCUUGGAUAAGCUUAAAGAAUUAGCAUUAGAACGCGAUGAUAUUGCGUGCCGAAUUGCUGAACAACGUGAAAAAUUGGAAGCCAAUGCAAAAUUAUCAGGUCCUAUGGUAAAUCAACAAGCUUCCGUUAGUACCGGUGGUGGAGCAUUCAUUUUAACUGACUAUGCUGAAACUGAGCGAAAAGAAACUAAUUUCUUUUUAACUUCACUUAAUACACGUUGGAAAGAUACAUGGUCGGAUCUAUUGAAUAUACAAACACAUUUAGGCGGACUUUCUGUUAAAUGGAAUCUAUACGAAACGGAAAAAUUACAUCUAAGCAACUGGUUAACAGAAGUGAGGAAACUACUUGCCGAUGAGAGUACAAGUGCUGAAGAACGUGAAAAAUUAUAUAGUGAUUUGAAAGAAUGGCGUACACGUGUAUCAGCUUUAAAUGAUCUUGGACAUGAAUUAAUGCAUAGCUGUGAUAUGACAGCAUCGUCUAUUUUAGAUAAUGAAUUGAAGAAUAUUAAUAAAAAUUGGACUGAAGUUACUACUGAAGUUAUCAAAUUUGUCGAUUUAGAUCAUGCUGAAGAAUUAAAAAAUCGUAAUUCUGAAGCUAUGUUUCGAUUGAAUGCAUUCAUCAAAUCAACUGAACUUUUAUUGGUCUCUGAUUUUGUUCUACCAGAGACUACUGAUUUAGAUCAAGCUCAUUCAGCUACAGCUAAUUAUCGUCAACAGUUAGAAGAAGCUCGUAAGCAAUUACUUGAAAAGGCUCGAAGUGAUUAUUUGGAAGCUUUAAAAGCUGCUGAGGAACUAAUGUCAGCUGCUAAAGCUGGUCAAGCGGAUAUGGAACAAGCUGAAGCUGUUAUGGCAGCGGUUCGUGCUGCUGGUGAAAAAUUAGAUCGAUUAGCUAAUCAUUCUGUUCAAGCAAGAUUAGAUGAAGUUGAAGCAGCAACUAAGAAAGCUGUAGAAUUAGCUCUUCAACUAGCUCCAAUUAAUGAUUGGGCUCAAGAUAGUGAAGUUUCGACGGAAAUAUUAAAUUCUGGGUCAAUUGAAACUAAUCUCGAUUUAACUAAUUUAACAACAGAAGAAGCUAUGUCAAAGUUGAAGGGUCAUUUCACAGCCUUAGAAGAGCAUGAAAAAGCUUUACUUGAAGCUGAGAAACGAUUGAAUGAUUUAAAGGAAUCUGGUCUGCAACAUAUUGAUAUUAGUCAAUUGGAAUUAGCUACUGCGGAAGCUCGUCGUAAAGUUGAAGCUAUGCGUACUGUGGCUAAAUGUUAUGAAAAUGAGUUAGAUAGACGGAAAUCAGCUGAACAAUCUUUUUCAUAUGCUAUAGUAAAUAUAACUGAUUGGUUAGACGAAGCAGAACGUCUAUUUCAGACUGAUGUAUCAUUUGAUUUUGAAGAACAAUUGCCUAAUACAGAAGUUAUUCAAGAUAAAUUAAUUGCAAAUGAAGAAUUUUUAAGAAAAACACAAACAGCUGGUCAAGCUUGUUUAGUUGAAUUGAAUCGAAGUUAUGAUAGAUUAGUAGAAUUAUUCUCAGGUAAUGAAGAAGAUAUGGUUGAAAAUUCUGCUAAUCCAAUUAUUCAACCAGAUGAAGUUAGUAUGAAUAUAUUGUUGGAAGCAGCAAAUCAAGUGACUAAAUUCCGUGAUCGAUUUGAUGAGUUGAUGUCUAAAGCUACUCGACGUCAAUAUGAACUUAAAUAUGCUUUAUUAGAAGCUCGUCUACGUGAACAAUUAGAUAAUACUAAUAAAAUUUUAAAUGAUGAAGAAUUUCGAAUGACAUCUGGUGAACAUUUGGCUAGUAUAUUGUCUGAUCAUGAGUCUUCAUUUAAAAAUUCAGAAUUUUAUACUAUUUGUGAAAAUAUACUACGUGAAAUGCGUGAAUUAGAUGAACAAAUGUCUUGUUUAUUUCAAAAUGAUGCAAAUUAUUAUAGUAAACGUACAACACAGUUACAACAAGAAUAUAAUUUAUUAACUGAACGUGUUGGAAAAAUAGCUGUGAGAUUACGUAAUCUACCGGAACAAUGGGCUGAUUUUGAUGAUAAAUUAAAUCAUUUAUUAGAUUGGACAAAUGAAGUUGAAAAAUUAUUUAAUCAUUUACAAAGUGAUCCAUCUAAUACAAAGAAUAGUGAUGAAAAAACUGCCAUUGAAUUAGCUUCACGUUAUCGUGCUAUGUUGUCGAGAUUUGAAGAAAUGACUGGUAUGGUUAAUGAACAGAAUGCAUUAGCUGAUAAAUUAAAUUUAAUGUUAGUUGAUUUAUCAUUAGACGGUGGUGUAUCAGCUGGAGAGAUAGCAGCAAAACGAGCUGCAUUAACUGCUGCAUUAGGAGCGUUGAAAGAUUUAGGCAGUGAAAUGGAUUCUGUACUAACUCGAGCUCCAUUAAUAGCUGAAACACUAGAAUUUCGUGCCAAUGCAGUAACAGAACGUAAAAAAGCAAUUGUUGUUCGUGAAGCAUUUGAACAAGCUGUACAAGAAGAUGCAGAAAUGUUGCCAAAUGAUUUAGAAUCAAUUAAACGUAUAUUAGCUGAACGUGAAGCUAUGGUAGCUAGAUUAGCUGAAGAAAGAGAUGCUAGUUUAUUAGCUAUGAUUCAACGUGGAUUAAGUGUUAAAACUGAUGAAAUGUUAGAUUGGAUUGAACCAUCUAAAAAUGAAUUAAAAGCUACUUGGGCUGAAGUAGAUAAAGUUGCUGAAACUGGUUUAAAAUCUUUACGUCAAACUGCUGAAGCAUUUGAAGCAUUUGAAGAGCACAAACAACGUAUUGCAAAUUUAUUAACUGGUACAAAACAUUUAAUUAAUGGUCAUGCAAGUGCAUCCACGACAGCCGCAUUUACUAUGGCAUUAAUUGGUAAAGAUGGUACGAUUGAUAUUGAUAAUGUUACUAAUGCAUUACAUAUUGAUGAUGAAACGAAAUUAUGGGCUAAUUCUUCAUUAGCAUCUGGUGUUGCUGGUGUUAUUGUAGCAAGUGUUGAAGAAGCAACUAAAGCUGGUCAAGAAGCUGUACGUGUUCAAACAGAUGCAAUUCUAGCACAAUUAGAUGCAUUAAACAAUGCAGAAUCAGAUUUAAAAGCAUUAAUAGCUGCUGCACAAACUAUGAAAAUGCGAUCAACUCCAGAACGUGCUUCAGAAUUAGAUGCAACAAUUCAAUAUUUAGAAAAUCAACUUAAUACAGCUAAACAAGAAUUAAAUACUAAAUUAGCUAAUUUACGUGCAGCUAAUGGUAAAUGGGAAGUAUUUUAUACAAGUACAAGUGAAGUUGACAAAUUACUUAAUAAUUCUGAAUUAAAUUUAUCCAAUAUAACUAGUGUACAACCAUUAGCUAAAGGUAAUUUAAAUGUUACUGAAUUAGGUUCUGCUGAAUCAUCAGCUAAAGCUGCUGCCGCUGAAUUAGCAUUAUGGUAUGCAUCAGUAAAUAAUUAUUUAAAAGAUUUACAAUUAUCUGAACAACGUUUAUUAUCUUUAAAUGUUAUUUUUAAAGAAUUAACACAUUAUUCACCAUUAGAUACUACUGAAAUAAAUGAUAAUAAUAAUAAUAAUAAUAAUAAUAAUAAUAAUAAUAAUAAUAAUAAUUCAUCGGAAUCAUUAGUAAUUAGUUCAGAAAUAUCUAAAGCACAAAAUAAAAUUCUUAGUUUAUAUCGAAGACAAAAAGCAUUACAAAUUGCAUUUAAUCAACAUUCACAAUCAUUGAAUACAUUAAAAGAUUAUUUAUCACAAUAUCUUAAUCUUGUGCCAAAUAUUGAUAAAUAUUUAACAGAAAUAGAUAAUAUUGCCAAAACAUUAUCAUCAUCAUCAUCAUUUAUUAAUUCAUUGGAUGAUUUAAUUAAUUUACGUAAUACACAUCAGGCACGUCAAAUUGUACAUAAAUCAAAAUUUACGGAAGAUCGUAAUCAAUUAUUAUGGUUGGCUAGUAAUUUAACUAGUUGGUCACAUUUAAAAGAAGCUAAUGAAGCGUUACAAUCGCGUUGGGAAAGUGUUAACUAUUGGUUAAUUGAGGAAUCUCAAUAUUUAGAUGAUUUAUAUAAUAUGUGGACAGAAUGGAAUAAAGAAGCUGAUCAGUUUACAUUACAAAUAACUAAUAUAGAAAAAGAUGUAGAACAAGAAUUAAACAAUAUAAUCAAUGAUAUAACUAAUCAAAACUCUAAAGAUUCAUCUACUGAUCCAAUUAAUAAUAAUAAUACCAGUGACUUAGAUUCUAAAGUGAAUAAAGCUAGUGCAUAUCAAGAUCGUCUGUUUGAUUCUGAGUCUUAUUUGAAAGCGUUCAGUUUUAAAACAGAAAAAUUGUUAAGACGAAUUUUAGCACAAACUCAAAUACAAUGUCGAACCUUAUUACCAGUGGAUACAGCAAAAAUAAAAUCUACUGACCAAUUGUCAUCAUUAACAGUAUCCACAUUCAAUGACACUAAUAAUAGUUCACAAUUUACUAAUAUUGCUAUCAGUCCACAUAGUAUAGCAAUUAAAUAUCGAGAAUUAGAAGAACAUUUAAAAUGUGUACGAAUACAAUGCGAAAAAUUAAAUAAUGAAUUAGAAAAUCAAUUAGAUGCACGUGAUCGUUUAUUUCGUGAUACAGAUAGACUAUUACAAUGGAUUAUGUCUGCAGAGAAACGUAUGACAAAGCUUACACGAAUUUGGGUAGCAGCAAGGCCACCAAUUACAACGAAUAAAUCCUAUGGCGUAUUACAUAAACCAUCUUCAAUUAUGAAACAACGAAAUGAUCAAAUUGAUUCUGAUAAACAACAAUUAAUUGGUGUUGACUUAUCAGAAGCAUAUGAACAAUUAAAAACUUUGCAAAUUGAAGCUACUGGUCCACGAAUGAUUGCUUUAAAAGAAUUAGCUAAUCAAAUUGAAGGUGAAGACGUGGAUUUAAAUGAUUUGUACAAUAAAAUGGGUAGUCGUCCAGGGAGUAAUCGACCUGGAAGUAAUCAUAGUAGACCUACUAGUGAUCGGUCACGUAGUCGACGUUCUGUUUCAUUUGAUUUAUUAGGUAAGGAAAAUAGUUUUGAUUCAACUACAAAUGAUGAAAUUAAUCGUCAGUUACAUGAACGUUUAAUUCGACUUUUAAGUAAAUUAAAUCGCCUUAUCAGUCAUCUUAAUCAACGUACAAUACUUUGUCGUUUAACUAUUGAAUAUGAAUAUUGUCGUCAAAAUUGGAUACAAGAGAUUAAUUCAUUGAAUUCACGUUUAAAAACAUUUGAAAAUAAUUCAGUUGUUGUAGAAUUAAAUGUAGAUAAGAAGAAAAAACAUUCAUCGAAUAAAUCUAUUGAAGAUGAUAGAAAACCAUCUGUUCAAGAAAAUGAAGACUCUGUAAAACAACAACAUAAUGAAGAAGAAAUCAAUAAGGAUGAAGUCAGUAUAGGAGAAAAUGUCACAGAAUCUACAAAUUUAACUCACCAUGACGAUAAUUCUAUUCAGACUACCACUAUUACUACUACUACUGAUACUAGUAGUAAACAGCCAAUUACUUCAAUUGAUCUAUUUCAAUCUGCCGCAGAUGAUGCUGAACGUAUAUUAUUUCGCAAACAAACAAUACAAUCUGGUAUUGUCUAUCAAUCAGAAUAUAAAAAUUUAAAAGAUGAAAUUGACAAAUUAAAACAAUUAAUCAAUAAUUGGCAAGUUACAUUAGAUUUUACACGAUCAAAUAUCAUUGAAAAUGAAUUCGAUGAAACACCGAAUGAUUCGAAUUUAAUUGGACCAAAAGAACUUGAUGUGGCUGUUGUUUCAGUUGGUCUUAUGUUUGUCACUAAUAUUGAUUUGAAUUGGUCAUUCAGUACUGGAUUCAGUACUACUACUUCAAUGACAACCACAACGAGUGCUUUAACCACUAGCACCACUACCACCACCACGACAACUGCUUCAGGUGGUACCAUAAUCACUUCUGAUCAGUCGACAAUACUACAGUUAGAACCAUUUAGUUUUUUUAUAGAUAUUGCUAGAUUAUCUUCUGAAUGUGAUAAAUUACAUGGAAAAUUAAAAGCUAAUUUAUUACAUGUGAUUGGUGUAUGUGAAAAUUGGCAACAAUUAGUUGAAGCACGUGAUAGAUUAUUAGAACAAGUUAAAGAUUUACAAUAUCGUUCAUCAGGAGCUUGUUAUACAGUUAGUCAAUUAGGUGAUCCAUCAAAAACCGAUAAACCUAUUGGUAUACGUUUGACACGUUUAGGUCAACAGUUAUUAAAUUGGCAAGUUGAAUUAAAUUCGGCUGGCACUACUACAGAUGAUGUGAAUGCAUUACAAACUGAUGUUAGUAAUAAUAAUAAUGAAAAUAAUAAUACUGAUAAAACUAAUUUACCAAGUGAAGCUGCCACUAUAGUUCAAAGAUUAAGUGAUCUUCGACGGGCAGGUGAACGAAUUGUUGGAUUAAAUCCAGCCCGUGGUCCGAAUGUUGAUAGUUUAUACAAUACAGCUGUACAAACAGUACGUUUGUGUGCAAUUUCUCUAGGUGAAAUUGGUCGACAUAGUAUACUAUUAUUUCAAGCAUUAUCAAAACGUUCAGAAUGUUUGCAUCAAUUGACAGAAUUUCUUGAUGAAAUUGAAAAACAAAGUGGUCUUAUUCCAGCUAGUGAACAUCAGUCAGUUUUCGGUAAUACAAAUUCAACUGAACAAAGUCAAACGAUUACAGAUGAUCAACAAAUUAAUAUUUCUGAUAAAAAUGUUAAACGACCAAUACCUGAACAAAUUGCAUCACAAUUCACAAUGUUUGAAUGUAUGGAUCUAUGUAGAUUGUUAAGUGUGGAUAAUGUCAAAGAGGUAGAACAACAACUGACACCAUGUCAAAUUGCAUUAGAUUCAUUAAUGAAUAAACAAAAUACAUAUUUUAUACAAUUAAAUCAAUCAUCUUCAUUAGCAUUACAGACAUUUAAUGAAUUUCAAACAGAAAUAUGUAAAUAUAAUAAUAAUAAUAAAAUUGAGGAUAUGGAUGAAGAACAUAAACUAUCCGAGAAACAAAUAAAAUUAGAUCCAUUUCGUGAUGCAAUAAUUAAUCGUUGGCAACGAUUACAUUUUCGUUUAGAAACUAUCAUACAACAAUUAUAUAUUCGACGUAGUGCAUUCAUAUAUUUAGAAGAUGGUUUUAAACAAUUAGAAUAUUGGAUUGAAACAAAUGAAUUAAAAAUAGAAACAUGUAGUUCACAAUUGGCAGCGAAUGCAGCGACUUCUGCUAUCCUAUCGCCGUUUAAUCUUCAUUCAAUAUUGCCAACUGAUGAACAAUUAAAGUAUACUGAAAAUCCUCAAUUAAUUCUUGAUACAUUUAAUACAGAAGUUGUUUACUACUCAAAUUUAUUAAACAGUAUAAAUGAUCGUAUCGAAGCUGAUUUAGGAGAUCGUGUAUUAUUGAGAAAAACAUUUGAUAAUUUAGAAUGGCGUUUACAUAAAUUACAAAAAUCUUCAAAUCAUUUAUUACAACAAUGGAAUGAAGAAUAUGAAAGAUGUGAACAGUUAAAAGUUGAUCUACAUCAAUUUAAUGCCCUUCUAGAAUCAAUUAGUAAAGAGUUAACAUAUUGUUUUGAUCCUGCUAUUUGUAAUGUUGAAGAGGAUCCAAAUAGUUUGACGAUGGUACAAUAUAGCCUCACUGAUAUACAAAGUAUUAAUAUACAAGCAAAUAAUUAUUUAUUACAAUUAUGCAAAGCACAGUGCAUUCGUCAUCAUCUUGCACGAUUACGUGAUCGUUCAUUAUGGUUACAUGAUAGAGCUCAUUUAUUAGCCAUUGGACCAAGUCGUUAUCAUCAUCGUUCUAUUCAACCAUUAAAAAUAACUCAACAAGAAGCGAAUUUAUCCACCAAUAAUGAGAAUACAUCUACUGAACUAUUUACCGCAUCUGUUCUAUUAGAAAGUGAAUCAGUCUCUUUAAAUCAUCGUUUAUUAGGUUUAGUUGCAAGAUCUACAAAAUCUGUGCAUAUUUUACAUUCAAAAAUUAGUCAUAUCUUUUUUGAUGCUAUACAAAAUUUUCAUAAUUGGUUUGAUGAUUUACAUUCAAGAGUAAAUGAAAUUCAUUCAGCUACACUUCCAAUGCAUAUUAUAACAAAACCAAAUGAUUCAAAGCAACUAUUGACUGAUACAAAUCAAUCAGUGGGAAUUUUAUCCGUAGAUGUGUUGUCAUCUAAUUUGAAUACAAUUCGUGCAACUGUAGAAGAUUUAGCUAAGAAAGUUCAAUGUGAAUCUAAACUUGACAUUUUAAAAGAAUCAGCUAAAAUAAUGCUACGUUCAAACUAUAUAGACAUCGAGCCUAGUUUAUCUGAUCAUAUAAAAGAUGAUGAGGUUGACGAUGCUGACGCUCAAGUGAAGAAUGAAAAACAACCAUCAGUUGAUGGUUUGCAAACAUCACUGCCAACAGCUGAAUCUCUUUUACAGUCUGUUGAAGAUAAAGUCGAACAAUUCACUAAAGUAGUAGAAACAACUGACAAUAAUCCACCUUCAUCAUUAUCAAUAUCAUUAUUAUUAACAAAACUCAACUCCUCUGAUGCUUCUUCCAUCUUUAUGGAAUCUGAUAAUUCAAUAAGUCAAUUGCUUCGAUUAUGGGACAGUCAAUUAACCAAUAUGUAUAGUGAAUUGAAACAGAUCGAGUUGAAGCUUGAUGCGGCACAAAAAGUUGCUAUACAGUCUAAAGAAUAUGAAAUUAAAUUAUCCGAAAAUGUGAUUAUUUAUGAAGAACGAUUUAAGCAAAUUAUUUUAUGGCAACAAUCAAUUACUAUUGAAUCGUGUAAAAUUCGUCUUAAUAAAUUACAAGAUUUACUUGUCCAAUUAAACGGGGAUAGUACAGAAUUAAAACAAGCUCAUGAAACAUUUAAUCAAUUAGUUAAAUUAUGUAAUCUAUCAUUGUUUCAUGAGUUCAAUAAUCAAUCAACCGAUUCCAUUAAUCAAAAUGAUAGUCCUGAGAAAUUAAACGAAAGAUUUAUUUAUAAAUCUACUGUACUAACGGAAAUUGAGUCUAGAUUAAAUGUUUUACAGUUAUGUUUGGAAAAGGCUAUCAAUCAUACUAUUGAGGUGACUUCUGCCUUAGAAACUCAACAACGUACAUGCAAUGAUGCGAACAAUUGGAUUGAAGAUGUUACAAGUCAACUUCAUCAGAUUAUCACAGAAAGACAAGAAACACCAACUAAUCGUGAUACUGCUCAAAAAUAUCUUGAUUUAAUACAUAACCUCAAUGAAAUAUCUGACGAUGGACGUGCAAAAAUACAACUAGCUCAAAAUACCAUUGAAAUUGCAUGUAAUUUGAUUUUAACAUCGGAAUCAUUCUACAAUAAAAUUAAAAAUAAUUAUAGUUUGCCACCUAAGAUGGAACAAUCAAUCGAUAAUAAUCAAACCACAUUAGAUGAAUCAAAAUCAAUGGAAUCAUUUACAGAGAAUGUAUUAUCAUUUCAUUCUACAUUUAUAUCAGAAUUCAAUGACCAAUUAUUAAAUUACUCAUCUAUGUUAAAUAAUCGUUUCAAUGUUUAUUUAAAUGAAAUUGGGACCGUUUUAAAUGAAAUACAACUUGACUUAAAUCAAUGGACGUCUUAUGUUGAUUCAAAAUUACGUUUAGAAAAAUGGUUGAACAUGGUGGAAUUUGAUUGGAAAGUGAAUCAAUUAACUGAUUCAGAUGAAGUCGGAGAUAAUUUGACGAAUAAAAUGUACUUUGUUACAUUAUACAAACAACGAUUACAGGAUAUUGAUUCCCAUGAAAGUCUUCUUAACACUGUAAUUAGUUGUGGAAAUCAGUUCAGUCGAAGAAAUUCAGACAAUAUGAUUAGUACUACUGCUACUACUACUAAUAAUAAUGAUCAAGUAGUUCUUCCUACUGAAGAAAUUCAAAAUUUUCGAAAACGUUUUGAAUCACUUCAGAAUUUCGUAAAUACACGUUUAAAAUUACACCAAAAUCGUUUAGAAAGAUAUAAAAAAUUUAUGGAACAUAAUCAGAAAUUUGAAGAAUGGCUUUCUAAUACAGAGACAAAACUUAAUUAUAUGAUAGAAGAUAUCGUUGCAAGAAUUGAACAUUUAAUUCCAGAAAGUGAAUCCUAUUCUAUUACAUCAAAUAAUGAAUACAAUCCGAAUUUAUCAAUAGGGACUCAAUUUAUUAAUAAAGAUAAUCUAUCAAUAUACAUUGAAAAGAUUGAUAAAUUAUGGUUAUCUAUCAUGAAUAAUGCUGAAAGUCAAUUAGACACAUUAAAUUCAGUAUUUCUAUCAAUUGAAAAAGAAGUAGAACAUCCAGAGAACUUCCAAAUAAAGAUUACUAACUUUAAAAAUCAUAUAUUUCUUAAUUUAAAACAAAAGAUUAAUGAUCUUAUCAAAAAUUUAAAAGAAUAUCAACAUUACAACGAAGAAUUUUUAAAUCAACUGUCAAGGUCACAAACUUAUAUGAAUAAUCAAGAAAAAAGAAUUAUUCUAUUUUCAACACGACAAUUAUGUAAUUCUAUGCCAGAUUCAAUAAUGAUGUUAAUUGGUGGUGAUAGUAUAGUUAAUUUACCUGAUAAUUUAGAUGGUAAAUUAUUUUAUGUUCAAACAUUAAAACAAAUUUCAAAUGAUUUAAAUCAUUCAGAAUGUUCUAAUUCCAUCCAAUUGUUACAUGAUUCCCGGGAACAAUUAAUUUCAAUAUUGAAUAGAAUUAAACAAACAAGUUUAUCUCAACAAAAUAUUCUUAUAAUAAAUAAUGAUUAUUUAGAUAAACAUUUAAAUUAUAUAAAUAAUUAUUUGAAAAGAUUAAAGAAAUAUUGUGAAGAUUUAACACAAUGUUGGCAAUUAGCAGUAGAUAAUCAUUUGAAAUUUCAAGAAACGUUUCAAUCAUGUUCAAUGGAAUUUCAAAUGAUCAAAUCAGAGUUUAUUGAAGGUUGUCCAUUUAAUGAUGAAAUGGAAUUAACUAAUACAUUAAAUAAUAAUGAUAAUAAUAAUCAUGAAAUAUCUUCGAAAACAAAAUGGAAUAGAACCGAUCAAAUUUAUCAUCAUUUCUUAGGAUGGUUAUCAAAUUUAAUAAAUAAACUUGAUCGAUUCACUGUAAUAUCUUAUCAAUCUUGUAUAGAAUUAUUACGAAUUACUUCAUUAACAACUAGCUUAAAAGGAUAUAAUUUAAUGAAUGAACAAUUAAUUGGAUUAAAAAAAUCAGCUGAUCAAUUAUCAACUGAUCUUGUUGAAUUAUAUCAUCGAAUUGAAUUAACAAUGAUUGAACAUUUAAAAAUGGAUCAAGAGAAAUAUGAAUUAAGAAAUUGGUUAAAUGAACAUGAACAAAAAUUAAUUGAAUUGAAUAAACCAUUAGAAGUGGUUUUAUCAUUUGAUAAUAUCAUUUCAUCAUCAUCAACAUCAUCGGAAUCUUUGAGAUCAUCUUCAUUUUCAUUAAACGCAAUUUUAUCAUCAUGGUCUAUGUUAUUGAAUGAAAGACAAUCAAAUUUACAAAGUUUCCGACGAGUAUUCCAGAAUCUAUCUUCACGCAGUCAACACUUAAGAUCAUUUGAAGAACGUCAAACUUUAGUUAUUUCAAAUUAUAAAACUUACAUAGUCGAUCGUGUAAAUAAAUCAGUCAUUUCUGAUGACAUUAAACAAAUUAUUUCUAAUGUAUCAAAUAUUGAAUUGAACACAGAUUAUAGCAAUUUGAUAAAUUAUAACAAAGAGUUGAUAAGUAAAAUUGAAAAAGUCAUUAAUCAAGACACUAAAUUUAAUGAUUUAGCUCAGUCAUUAUUAUCUGAGAUCAAUACACUCUCAGAUAAUCUUCGUAUUCUGGAAGAAGAUUUUUGCGACAUGAAAUCUCAUAUUGUGAUGGAUAAUAAUAAUAAUAAAUCAGUGGUCAAUUCACAAGAGUUGUUAUGGACACGUGAUCUAGUCCAGUAUAAAAUCAAUGAAUUAAAUCAACAAACACGAGAUGUUUCCUUAAAGAAUAUCCAUGAAAAAUUGAACAUACUCGAAGAGAUGUUCAAUAGUUUAAUUCGUUUAAAUAAUCCAGAGAAAAAUUUGGCAAGUGAAUUAAUUAUUUCAAUGAAAAGUCAAUUGAGUAAAUUAACCGAAAGAAUUGAUCAACAGUCAGCUUUAUUAUCUUUGAUACUUAAUCAAAUGACAGAUAUGUCUGAAAAGAUUGUUCAACAUAAAGAAUGGUUUUCUCACUUGCUGAUUAAAGUAGAAUCAAUUGAAACGGAGUUACCUGUUGACUUAGAGUCUAAAAAGACAUUAUUAGUACAAUAUCAGGAUAUUCUAACUGAAACUACGGAACACAUUUCAGAAAUAAAUGUCAUCUUAAAAGAUUGUUGCUGUAACACUGCUACAUCAUUUGUUUCUGAGAAAUCAGAAAAAAUUACUGAAGAGUCAACAGAUCUCAAUUUGAAUCCAUUAUCACAUCCAGUUAAAAUGUAUCCUGUUGAUGUUCAAUUAGUCAAAAGUUUAAAAUCACUUCAUUAUGAUAUGAAUCAAGCAUUGGAAAGAGUAAAUUUAAAUGUAACUCGAUGGAAGCGUGCUAUAACUCGGCAUGAGAAUUUAAUUGAAUCUUUGAAAAAUCUUGAGAUAAUUUUAACAAGAUGUAUUGUUAAUACUUUCUAUUGUGCUAAGUAUAUGUUGAAUUUAGAGAUGGACAUGAAUGAUGUGACUACACUGCUUAGAUUUCCUGUAAGUAGUGUACUUUCUAAAUGCGUAAAUAUUAUACAAACACAUGUCAGUACUGAUUUAGAUGAAGUCAACAGAUUAUUGGAUGAGAUCAACUUGACUUAUGAUAGUGUCGUACAAGAUACAUGUCCAGAAAACAUGAAUAUCAUCAAAUUACAAAUUAGGAAAGAUCAAAAUCAGUUUACAAAUUUAGAACAUAAAAUACACACAUUACAAGCUUAUUUAACUAAUCUCAAUGAUCGUAUUGAGUUAUUCACAUCCAUUGAUAAUAAUUUGAAUGAACGAAUCUACAGCCUUUCUAAUCGUCUUAAAUCUGAAAGUAUGAAUUUAUGUUCAACUCAAAUUCAAGAAAUUAAAAGAUAUCUUAAUAUUUGGCGUGGAAUUAAUGAAAAAUUCAAACAAAUCCAUCAAGAUUAUAUGAAUGAAUUCAAGCCUUUAAUCAAAGAAUUUCAACACUUGAAAGUUGAGCAUUUACAAUUUUUAGAAUUGUAUCAGAAAAAUUUCUCAUUUGAAUCUAAAUCAGUUACAAAUGAGGAUCAUUAUUUGCUGGAACAAUUACCUACUAUUGAAUCAAUCACAAUUCAAUCUAUUUUUGAAGAACGAAGUAAUAAACUGCUAGAGAUUAUUGAAUUUAUUAAUGCGGUCAUUAAAUCAAUCGAUGUCAUCAGUUCCACCUGGUCUCAAUCUGAACGAAAAUUCAUUCAUUGUCGCUCUUGGAUUAAUGGACUAUCAAAAAAAUUCAUGCAAAUUUCUCAAACCAACUUGAAAACUGAUAUUAUUACUACACCUAACACUUCAGAUGGAGGGGAAGCAGUAGUAACUGAACCCAGUAACCAGUCGUCACCAGUAUCGCCUUCUGGUCAUAUUUUAAAUCAGUUAGAUCAAUACACAGCUCAAACUUGUUUAUCACUUCUAAAAGAAUUUCAAACUGAACUGAAUCAAAAUAAUUUAUAUUUUGAUGAAUAUCGUAAUGCAUUGUACAAUGUUCAAUCGUUAGAUUCAACGAUCGACUGUUUGUAUAAUAUAUUCAAACAAUUUGAUGUUGACAUUAAUGAUGAUUUAAAAUUGAAUCAUUCUAAUUUAAUACAUAAAUUAAGCGAAGAACUUGAACAGUUUCAAAUGAGUUGGGAACAAUUACAAACUGAAGUGAAUACUACACAUCAAACGAUGUAUCAACAUUUAGAACAAGUGGAACUAUUUAAUUGUAAACAAUUAUCUGUACGCAAAUUACUCACAGAAAUCGAACAAAAAGCUUGUCUAGGACCUUUUUCAACUUCUAGUGUGGUGGAUUUUAAUGAAUUGGAAAAGGAUACAAUGAAUUGUUUAAAUGAACAAUAUGUUGAUGAAGUUGAUAGUAAUAAUAAUAAUCAAGGUGAAAAUAGUUAUGUUGUCAUCUUUGACAAACUUAUGAUUGCUCAACAAAGUAUUGUGGAUUGGUGGGAGGCUUUUAUUCAACAAAUUGAAGAAGAAAUUCCUCGAAUCAAAGAUGAAUUGAAAACGAUUAACAGUAUUAUCUUUCCCACCCCCACUGGAUUACUGAAUCAAUUGUUACAUGUGGAAGAGAUCUUAGCUAAAGCUCAUGAAAUCCUAAACAUAAACAAAGAAGGUUUAACUGGUUUAAACGAUAUGAUUGAAGCUUGGAAGAAUUGGCAACAUUGGUGGUUUGUUGACAGUGAAGCAAAUACUAUUCAUGAUGAUCAUAGUGAAUUAUCUAAUUUUGUCAAUAAUAUAAAUGCAUUUAACAUAGAUGGUUAUUUAGAUAAUAAUGAAUUCAUUAAUUUACAAAGAAAAUUAGAUCAACUUUAUAAAUUAGGUGAAUCUGAAGGUAAAUUAAAAUUGAUUGAUUUAAUGGAAAAAUCAAAUAAUCUUCAAUUAAUAAAUGAACAACAAAAAAAGAAUUUUAUAACAUUUAUGAUUUUAUCAUCCAGUCAACAACAACAACAUCAACCGUCUUCAUCAUCAUCGAUAACAAUAACAUCAAUUCAACAACGUCAAUUACCAUUAAAUUUAAGUAUUUUAUUUAUUCAAAAAUUAAUUCGUUUAGCUAAUCAUCAAUAUUCAUUGAUUUUUAAUGAUCAUCUCCCUUUAAUUAUUGAUUAUUUAAAUCAUAAAAUUGAUUUAAUUAAUAAAUUUCUUGAUGAAUUUCAACAAUUUUCUAAUAUACUUAAUGAUAAUGAAAUAAAAUUAAAAAAAUUCGAGACAUUUUUAUUAUUAUGUAAUUAUAAUCAUCAAAUGAAUAAUUUAAAAGAAAAUUCUUAUCAACAAUUACAAUUAUUAAAUAUUGAUUUUAAUGAAAUCACAUUAAAUUAUAUACAAUUAAAAUUUUCUUCUGAUAUAUCGAUUAUUUUAUCGAUUCAAUGGAAUGAAUCAAUAUUUAUUGAUUUUUUAAAUCAAUUUUCAAUCAAUGUUAAAUUAUUAAUGAAAUUAAUUCAAUCAAAUAGCGAAAAACUCUACUCUCUGGAAAAAUUAGCCUGUACGCUUGAAGUUCCAAUAACACAGAGAAGAAAACAAAUGACAACAUCGACGGAGACAACAACAGUGGUAACACAUGAUGACGGUCGUAGUGGUCGUAGAUUAAUUGAAUUAGACAAUGUCACAUCUCGUUAUUCAGAAUUAGUUAAACGUUCUCAAGUGGUUGUUAAACAAACAGAUUCUUGUAGAGACUUAUUUAAUAAAUUAAUGUCUAAUAUUAGUUCAACUAGUGAAUGGAUCAAGCAAUUGGAACAGAACAUUUCAAAUUAUGCCAAUCUCUCUGGAGAUAGACAUGUUUUACAAACUAGACUUGAAUUAGUGAAAGAUUUAAACUUAUUGGACAAAGAAGCUAACGAUCGUUUCACUGAUAUGAAUAAAUAUGCUAUGAAUUGUUUUCAACAAUAUAUACCUAAUAAUCGUGAGAGUUUGGAAUUAAUUGAAAUUACUGACGGUGACAAAUCUCAGCAACUUUACGAGAGCUUAUUAACCAUACCUAUGUACUGUGUUAAACUGUAUAAAAUGUGGUUUGAUUGUCGUGAAAGAAUUGAAUUUAUCACUAAAUCUUUGUCAGAUUCUAUAGAGACAUGGCAGGUAUUUGAAGUAACAUGUGAUACUUUACAAUUUACUUGUCGUCGUAUUGAAAAUUGGUUGAAAGAACAGUCUACUUGGCUUGUGGAUGAACCGGAACAAAUUAACGAGAAAUUGGAAUUACUACAACUUAUUAAUGAUAGGUUGGAGGUGAAAUUCAGCAUAGAUGCUCCCAAAUACUGUGAUUUAUCUAGUAAGAGUCUGUCAAGUUGUCGACAUGAACAACAACGAAUUUUAGAAAUGCUGGAUGAGUCAGCAUCACAAGUUGAUCUUUUAAAUUCUACUCUAAAACGUCUACCUAAUCACCAUCAUCAGCUGUGCUCUGAAGAUUCAGCAACUCUGGAUGAGAACAAUUUGGAUAAUGUGCAUACAAUAACAACAACGGUAGAAAUGAAAACUGACUCGUAUGAUUUAGCUUUGAAUUGCAUAAAAAAUCUCAUGGUCACAUUUAAUUAUUUACAGAAAAUAACCAGAGAAAUGUCAGAUCUUUGGAAUACUCGUUUAAAACUUUUCACAGAAUGGAAUUUCAAAAUACAGAAUGCAGAAACUAAUUUGUCGAAGUUAUGUUUGCGUAUGGAAAAAAUAAAAGAACAAUUUAGUCCUUUUAGUGAAGAGUUAGAAAAGUCAACAAUAAUUUCCGACGAAAAUGAUAACAGCGGAUCUUUUAAAACUAUUGAAGACAAUUUGAUGUUAGUAGAUGAUAUUAUGAAGGGGCGUGAAGUGAUUGGUGCUGAGUUUACUGAGUUACGCAGUCGUCUAUGUAAUUUAUCUACUUUCAUGAAUCAUAAUGGUCAUAAUAAUCGACAACAAAGAAUGGGAGAUCUACAGCGUAAUUGGGAAGAGUUAGGUAAUAAUCUAUUGAAUUUACAACGAACUUUUGAACACAAAACUACAAUUUGGACUGACUUAAUCUUACAAGUGACAAAUAUAUUCAAUUGGUUUAAUGAAUUUAGUGGGCGUAUGAAAGUAUGGCAUGAAUCUUGUCCAUGGCUGUCAAUGAAUACACCUACUGAACUUUCCGACAUUUUAUCACCAAAUACUUCCAAAGAUUCUUCAAAGACUUCAAUAAUUUUAAAUGAACUCAAACGUCAUUCAAAAGAUACUAGUAAAUUCCUUACACAAUGUCAGUCUAAUUUGAAUUUAGCUCGCGCACAACAUUCGAAAUUGUUAUACUUCCAGUCACAAUUAAAUAGUUCUCAGCGUCAGUGUACCGAAAUUCAAUCUGAUGCCUACAAUCAAUUGUGCAGCAUGAUGAAUGAAUCUAUUGCAACAAGUAAUCAAAUAGAAAAUCAUCUAGACUCUACAAUAUCGAUUGGGAACAAUUUCAAAACGAAAUUAAAUCAAUUUACCAAGAACUAUGAAACCUGUUUGUCUUGUAUCAAUCAUAUCAAGACAGAAUUCGAUCAAUCCAUAAGUUCCAUACCAAAAUGUGAUGUAUUGAUGAAGUCUGGGGAAGAAAAUCGAGAAGUCCAAUCGUUAAUUAAAUUACGCUGUCUUAUUUUAACCAAUCUAGUUAAACAAAUCGGUGAUGCUAAACAAUUAAAUGAUUUAUUAAUUGAUACAUUGAAUGAAAAGGUAGAAGACGUGAAUGGCCAAGUUGCAGAAAAAUAUAGAAAUCCAGAUCAAUAUGAUCAAAAUAAAGAUGGACAAAAUCUUAUUCAGAAUUUAGAAGAACUUUUAAAAGAAGCCAUUGAUCUUGAUUCUUUUUAUCAUUUAGAUGAUAUUAAUAAAUCAUCAUCGAAUGAUGUACAACAUUAUGCCUAUUGUAUUGCAAGAUAUUUAAUUUAUGAAUCAAUACAAUUACGAGAAAUGGUAUCACAUAAAUUAAUCACAAUUACCAAUGAAACAGAAGAACAAUUAAAGCUAGAUUCUAUGUUAAAUUAUUUUGAACAACAGUUGACGAAAUUUCAAGAUGAAAUGAAUCAAAUUGUAGUUAAUUUGUCAGUUUACCGCUCAAAAUCAUUUGAUGAUAACGGUGAUACCGUUAUCACAUCAUUGAAAUCUUCAAGUUUAAAUGUUGACAAUUCUACUGCUUUGUAUUGGUUACAUUUGAGACAAUCAAUAGAUAAUUGUGGAAAUCGAAUAAAUCAAUUGGAUAAUUGUUUACAAUGUAUGAUUGAUAUAGGUAAAGAUCACCUAUUGAAAAUUGAACAAGAUUUAAACAAUUAUUAUCAUCGAACCGGAAAGUUGGAUUUAAAAUUUUCGCAUCGUUUUAAUGAACUGAAAUCAAAAUAUGAAAUUAAUCUUAAUAAAAUGAGAAAAUUGAAAAAUCAGUUCAGUAAAGAAUUGGAAUCUUGGCAACAGUUUAUAACAAAUUUAGAAAAAGCCGAAAAUUGGUUAACUAUAAAUGAAUCACUUAGUAAAAAGGUACUUUAUGUCGUGACAACAGAUGAUAACAAACAACCAGAUGGGGUCCAUCAAACAAUUACCGAGACUAUUCAUACUAGUUGUAUCAAUCCAAAUAUGUCCGAAAAAGAGAUUAAAGCAGCCAAUGAUAAAGAGGUACUUUCGAAACAAUUGACAAAUUUAGAAGAAUUAGAAAUCGAUUUAAGAGAGCAUGGAAUUGAAUUGCGAGAACAAACUGAACAAUCAGCACGUUGUUUAUUAUUUAAUCUUAUUCCUAAUUCUGUGAAUUUAAUUAAAAAUAAACAGUGCAGAUUGAAUAGAAAAUCUGAAAUUAUUGAUUAUAUUAAUUUGGCUAUUGAAAAUCUACUUAAUCGUUAUAAUGAAUAUAAAAUCAGUUUACAGAUGAUACAUUCUAAUCUUAGUGAGAAAUAUUUAUGCUGGUCCAAAUUAGAUAGUAAUUUGGAACAAGUGAAUCGUUGGCUACAUACAAUUGAAUUACAAUUAAACACUAUGGAAAUGGAAACAAACUCAUUGUCUACCAUAUUGAUUAAUGAUAUAUCAGUGCAUAAAACAGAUGAAUAUUUUGCAGUACAUCAAUUAAAUGCAUGGUCUAAUUCAAAGUUAUGCAUUUUAACAAAUUUAAUGGAUGAAAUGCGUAGAUAUAGCGAAACAGAAUUAAUUCAAUUGAAAGAACUUGUACAUGCCCAAAACUCUAUUGAUGAAGUGUUUAAAGAAUAUUCCAAGGAUGGUACUACUUCAGAUGAUGUAGUCAUUUCAUUAGGACAAGAUGCUUCGAAAAGAUUGAAUGAUAUAUUGGAACAACAUCAUAAUUUAAAAAGUCGUUUAGAAUCUUUAAUUCAUUUGAAUCAUGUUAUUCUUAAUUUGUGCGAAAAAUUUGUUCGUAAACGAUGUGAAAUAUUCCAAUCGCUAAUUAGUCAACGUCGUGAACUAGAGGGUUUAAUAAAUCAAACUGAGACAUAUGGCUCACAAACUAGUCUUCUUUCAUCAUCUCAUGUUUCAUUAAACGAUGAAGUUACCAAAUUAAGUAAAUUAUUUCACAAAACAACAUGUGAUUUAGAAGCGUUCAAGACAUCUGUUUCAAUAAAGUAUAAAGAACGUCUAACUGAUGUUAUUAAACUUAUCGAAGAAUUGGGUCAAAUGACUCCGUUAAGAAUGGAACCAGCUGAAACUUACAUUAUUGAUAUAAAAAGAGAUGUUACAGAAUUUUUCAAUCAAGUUACCGAUAAACUAGAACAUUUUCGUGUUUGGAAUGAUAAAUGGUCAAAUUUUUCAACUGAUUGUAGCUCUUUAACUCAAUGGAUUAGUGAACAAGAAUCAUUUAUCAUCUUAACAUUGAACUCUCAGUCUACCAUUGAAUUGGAAGAUUCUUCCUUCCAAAUCACUAGUUCCGACGUAGUUGAAAAAGAAUUGAAUCAACUAACCAGUCAAGUUGAUCGUAACCGCCAACUCAGAAUCAUUUUGAUUGGGCAUCAACCGGCGAUGGAAUCAUUGGUUGUAAAAGCUCAAAGUUUAAUCAAGUCCAGAAUGUUCUCAAGUAGUGCAUAUGUGAGCGAUGUUAGUAAAUCAAAAGCGUCUGAUAUAUCUGACAAGUCAUUGUUCGCGAGUAAUAUGCCUGUCGGUAAUAUAGCAAUGAAUAUGGCCACCUAUAUAAUGCAAAGAUAUCAAACGUUGAUUAGUAUAUGUGAUAGUCGAUCUGAAACAUCUCAAACUGCACAAAAGAUGGUUGAAGAAUUAUUAAAUUCAUGCCGAAAUUAUGAUCAUUGGGCUUGUGAAUUUCGAAUCAAAUUGUCUGAUGUAGAUUUUGUGCUGAAUUCAUAUGAUUCUCAUUCCAUCCCCUUACAAGAAUCAGAUAGAUAUUCAUCAAUUCGGUUAUCUAUAGUUGAUCUAGAAACUAGAAUUGAAUCAGGUGAGAAAUUUGUUCAACUUAUUAAAGAUUGGACAGAUCAUUAUAUGACAGAAUUAUUAGUUCAGGUUAACCAGCGACGUUCAGAACUCGAAACUCUAAGCCGUUUAGCUAAGAUAAGCAAUGAAAAUUCAGAUCAUGACAAUGAGUUAUUGCAUUGUGAUUGCAAACUGAAGAGUGUUACAAGUUAUGCUGAAACGGAUUACCAAGUACUUAAGGAGAUGGUUCGGUCAUUACACAAUCGGUUUGAAAAAAUUAUCCAAAAUGUUAAUCAACGAAGUUUAUCACGAGAAAAAUUCACCGCAUGGAUUGAUACUACCGAAAGUCAAUUGGAUUUGAUUAAUACCCAUAUGAAUCUGUCUGGUUUGUCCAAGAUCAUUUUGGAAACACCCAUGGAUGAUUUUGACAGAUUGAUAGAAAAGGUUAUAAAUUAUAUGCUUACCGCUUCAGAAUCAAUCACUCAGUUAACUGUAGACAUUAGAAAACAAGGUGCAGAGAUUAAGAAUUCAGACUAUACCGAUGAAAAUUUACGAAAUCGUUUUGAUCAAUUGACUGAAAAUAUUCAUUCAACUCAUCAAGAUAUUUCAAGUUGUUUAAAAUUGUUCCAUCAGUUUCAAAAUGAAGUACAAAACUUCUCCAGUUGGAUAUCAGAUUGCGAAAAUAAAUUUAUUCGUCUAUCCGAUGGUGAUUCGAAUCAAUUGGCAAUGUUUCUUCAGUCAAACAGUUCAAUAAUGAUCAUGAAUGAUAAUGAUACUGAACAAAUCAUGCAUCAACUAGAUGUUUCUUGUCGAAGUUUAAUAUGUCAGCUUACUGAAGCUAAACACAAGUUAUUGAUUAUAAAAGAAAUUAGCUCAUCUCUUGAGAAUCGAGGUCACCAGUUGAACAAAAAAUUAAUUGAGUCUGGUGAACAGUUAACUAGCAAGUUGAAAAUUCUGGAAGAGUUUUCCAUGGGAGGAGUUCAAACUAGGUCCGUUGGAGGGGAAGAUGUUGGAAGAUCCCUUAGCACAUUAGAAUCAUCAGAUCGUUUGAGCGUAAUCAUUCAGAAUUAUAUAGAUCAAUUACAAUGUCGUUUAAUCAGAUUGGACAAAAUUCAAACUGUUUUCACCAUCAAUUUAACUGAGUUAGUAGAUUGUUGGUCUGAUUGGAAAAAUAGUUUUGACAGAUUAAUUGAUUGGUUAAAUGGAACUGCUACAAAUCUAAGGCGCCCAAUUUUCUAUUCACUCGAUUCUUUAUCAACUAAACAACAAUUGGCUAACAGUUUGAAGGCAUUUUAUCAAGAUUGUGUUGGAAAGAAGGUGGAUUUUGAUAUGUGCUUGUUAAAAGCUAAUCAUUUGAAAAGUUUGGCAUCAAGUUGUAAUUUACCUGAUCAAAGUGAACAAUUAUUUGAACAAUAUAGGAAUACAUUGGAUACAGCAUAUGCUGCGUUACAACAAAUGCAAAAUGCAGUUGAAAUUCAUGAACAAUUCGAUCAAGUUGUAUCUCGUACUACUCAAUGGCUUGAAAGUUUGACUUCAAAGCUGAAUAACCUGUCUGCUAAUGACAAUACUGAUCGUGUUGGAUUAGAGCAAAAUUUACUGACCUGUCAAAAUCUUUCAGAAACUAUCAAAUGUCAAUCAGAAACUUAUAUUUCUCAAUUAGUUGAAUUGGCCGAUCAAGUUUGUCGUACAACUGAUUCAAUGACAAAUAAAGAAAUAUUAGAUAAGGUCGAUGUAUUUCGUCAAUUAAUUCGUCAAAAUAUACAACAGUUAACCGAUAUUCAAUUAAGCAUUGAAUUAAAAUUAAAUAUAAUAAAUGAUUGGGAAAAUGUAAAAUCUGUCAUUGUCAAUAUUUUGAAUUCAAUAUCACAAACUAUACUAACAGUUUUAUUGGAAGAGAAGACAUCUAUAGAACAAAUUCAACCAAUGACAUCAACUGUUUUACUAACUAUAAAAGAGGAAACUUUAAAAAAAUUUGACAAUGUCAAGCAAGAAUUGGAACCAGUUCAAUUAAAAAUUGAUGAAUUAAAGAAAUGUACAGAGAAAUAUAUCGAAUUUGAGCAUAAAUUAAAUGUCAUGCAACAAGUUGAUCAACUAUUUGAUAAAUACUCUAAAAUGCAAAAGGAAGUUCAAAUUUGUUUAGUUAAAACUAACAAAGAAUUACAAAAUCUUCGUACAUUUCAUACAAAAAUUGAUGAAUCCAAAAAUUGGAUACUACAAAUCUCUUUAAAAUUAAUGGCUAUUCAUGCUACCGAUCCGGAUGGACCAAAAGGUGUUAUACGUUUAGGACAAGCAGAAAAUGAAUUACGUAAACGCCUCAUUACAUAUCGUGAAGAAAAUUUAAAAGAAUUAAAAUUAUUCAUUGCAAAUUGUCCAUCAGAAAGAGAUUUAAUCAUUGAAACAGAUCGUGUGAUACAAUCAUUAUUUCAAACACCUAGUGGUGUAUCAAUUACAGUUGCUGAACAAAUUAUGGAGAAUAUGAAUAGAAUAAAUGAUCCUAUUCAAUCAGAAAAAAUUGGGGAUAAAAACGAACAGAAACACUUGUUAAUUGAAGAAGAUAACAAAAGCACUUCUAGUCAAAUACCUCUUGCAAAUGAUUACAAUACUGGUCAUUCUAAAACUUGGGCAGAAUUAUUCUCAUUAGAAGUUGUUCAAUUAGAGUCAAGUUGUGAAAAUUUAGAAGUUAUGUGUAAACGUAUCAAAGAUAGACUAAUGGAACAACAAAAACGCUGGGCUAAAUUUGUUUCACUUCUUAUCCGGAUUGAUAAAUUUUUACGCAUAGAACUUUCUAAAUGGUGGUUGACAAAUUCGAAAAAAUUUAUUAAUAAUGCUGAUAGUACAGUGGCUACUAUUGAUGGUAACGCUGAUGAUAAUGAUAAGUGUGAUGUUGAUAAUGAUGACGAUGAUGAUGUAUCAAUCAACGAUGAUAAAUUACUUCAAUCUGAAACUUCAAAAGAAGUAGAAUUAGUAUUUUAUGAAGAAAAUGUACUACUUCAAAAAAAUGAACAUCAAACUAAAAAGCCAAAAUCAUCAUCAACAAUAACUUCCCCAUCUAUACAAGAAUUAUUAGCUCAAAUAACAAAUGUUAAAGCUAUGCACGCUAAAAUACAAAUUUAUCUACAAGAGCUGUCAGCUGUUAAGCAUCGAUGUUCAACACCACCUCCUCGUCCAACCAUAUCUACAAGUUUGGUUUCAUUGAAUAAAUAUUAUAAUCCAUCGACAUUAUUAAGUGAAUUAUUAGAUAAUAAUAAUAAUAAUAAUAAUAAUAAUAAUGAUUUACCAACUAAUAAUACUACAUCCACUAAUUAUGAGUUAUCCAAUAUGAAUGCGCAAAUAUCUGAAGAGAAAAUGCAUGCUUUAAGUGGUUUGGAACUACGUCGAAGAGCCUCCCAUAUGAAUGAACAACUUGAAAAAGAAUUAAAACAAUUAGAUAAAUAUAUUGAAAAUUUACAAGAUUUAAAAAUACGAUGGGAUCAACAACAUUUAUGUGAAAUAGAAUUUCUGAAUUGGUUACAUAAUAAACAAACUGAAUUCGAUCAAAUUAUUCAUUCACAACAUAAUCUAUCUCAUAAUGGGAAAAUACAUUCUAAUUCUGAGAAUAAUAAUAAUAAUAAUAGUUAUUAUUAUUCACAAUUAUGUAAUUCAAUGGAUACAGUAUGUUUAGAAAAUUUACUCAAUGAAUUAAAUUCUAAAAAAUCAAUUAUCAAACAAUUAAAAUAUCAAUCAAAAUUAUUGAUUAAUAAUAAUAAUAAUAAUAAUAAUAAUAAUAAUAAUAAAUCAAUUUAUUCACAUAAUAUUCAAUUAAUUGAACAUGAUUAUAAAAUAUUUAUCAGAAAAAUUCAAGAUCAUCUUAAACAUCGUCGUUUACUUACAAAUCAAGUUAUAGAAGCUACUAAAUUAACUGAUAAAUUACAUACGGAUUUACAUCAAGUUGUAAAACGUUCAAUAGGUAUUGAUAUUGUACAAUGUUCAAUGGAUAAGGAACUUAAAAAAAUUGGAUGGGAACAUUCCAAUGGAAGAUUCAAUGAUAUCAACAAAACAUCUAAUCAAUAUAAAAUCUCUAAACAACCAUCUUUUGGUGUAAGUAAUUCAAAUUUAUUAGUAUCAAGUUCAGAGAUAAAACAAUCUGAUCGAGUACCGACACCAAUUCCAUUGUCAGAUGUACAACCUCUAUCAUCAAUUAGUCAAUCAGAUUUUAAUAUACAUAAACCUUUAGAAAUAAAUGUGAAAGGGGUAACUGAUUGGUUAUGGUAUUCUGCUUCAUCAGUUUUACCUGAUUCAUCUUUAUUACCUAUGGAUGCUAAUGCAACUUGGGAGAUGGAUCAAAUUCCUGCAGUGUCUGAUAUUAAUGAAGAACAAAAUUUAGAUAGAUCAAGAUCAUCUUCUAGAAUUUCACUGACUAUUCAACGACCUUGGAGUGCAUUUAGAAAAUUUGAACGACAACGUAAACGAGAUAGUGUUGCAGAAUUCAAUGUAAAUAUAUCAAAAGAAACAAAAACCACAUUUAAACAUAGAUCAAAUAAAAUAUUUAGUCAUAUAAAACCAAUUACAACACAAUCUACCGGGACUUCUUUAUGGAGAUCUCAAUCGGCAAAAGUAUUACCUCUUGAAACCAACAUAGAUAAAAUCUCUAGUCAAUCAAUUUGCAACAUUUCAACUGCUAUAGAUCCGUCCGUUGAUUCAAAUAUUAUAUGCGCUGAAAGAUAUUCAACACAAAGUCCUAUGAUUCCAAUGCUAUUACGACGCAGUAUAUCUCCCAUAGUUAGUAAGACUCUGGAACACAGAACUCAUAAGAUAAAAAAUACAAAUUAUAAUAGGAUUCCAAUUCGAUUCGGCAGUUCAGUUAGACAAAGUGGAAUAGUCGAUCUACGUUCACCGUCUAUUAUUGAUCAAAAUAGAGAAGCUUCAAGUUACCCAAGUUUGUUUGACCCGCUUACUUCAUAUCCUCGUAUUACUACUAAUGCUACUACUACCACUGCCAAGCAUUCUUAUUUAAAUAAAAUUAACAAUAGUUUAUCACAUUCUUUUCUAUUUCGACCACCAGUUAAUUUAUCUCAACAAAGUCUUCAUGAUCAACCACAUAGACCACUUCAUUCAAUUCGAGUCUCAGGAUUAGUUAGUGGUUAUGAUUUCUCUUCUCCAAGUAUUUCUGAAUUUGAAAAUGUAUUUUGUGCUGGACGUCCACAACCAAUGGGUGCUUCAAUAUCGGAUAAUUUACUAUCACCAAAACUGAAAUCAACUAGUGAACAUGGUCUAUAUGAUUUAACUAGACGAAGAGCAACUGAACCAUUUCAAUUUACAGAAACUCCUACCACUACUACUAAUGGUGCUGGAUCAUCUACCAGUUUCAUCCGAAAUUUACACAACAUCACUUCAUCAAUAUCAACAUCUACUCAACAACAACAACAACAACAGUCGAAUACAAAUCCAAUCGAGUCAAUUCGUGUAGUUCGACCACAAACUAUAGCUCAAUUAGCAGUUCAGCGUUAUCGUAAUCAACAAAAACAACAGAGUCAAUUCAAAUUUAAACGUUAA